AUUUGGUUUAUUGAUUUUUUUAAGUUGGGCAGUCAUACGUGGGAUUAAAUAAAUUGGUGCCGGGUAUGCUCAGAUAACUUCAAUGACGCCUCAGCUCCUCAGAGAUACUGCCUGCCUCCAGGAAUCUAGUCCUUUACUGUGUAGGAAGGCUAAGUCCAUUUUUAGUUCUUGCAGCAUUCGUGGGAGAGCUGUGCCUUUGAAUUUUUUUCACUUAGACACAUUGAACGAAGACACACUGUGGACUUUUUCUGAUUUAAAAUAUAUAUAUAUAUAUAGCAGGAAGAAAAAAAUGUUAUUUUUUUUAAACUGGCUCUGGAGUAAGAUUGAGUAAGCAUAUUCCUUUUUUCUCUUCCACUGAAUGCAACUAUGAAACCUGGACAGAAUGCAUGGAGCAGCUAUAUAAGGACUCCGUCAGCAAAUAGUGGCAGGUGGAUUGAGAAAGAAGAUGAGAAUUCAAAGUACCAUUGAACUGGCAAGCAAAUUGGAGCUUUGGCAGAUCAGCAUAUUGUCCAUGUGGCAUGUGGCGAGUCCCACAGUCUGGCCCUCAGUGACCGGGGCCAGCUUUUUUCUUGGGGUGCAGGGAGCGAUGGACAGCUAGGACUCAUGACUACUGAGGACUCCGUGGCAGUACCCAGGUUAAUACAAAAGCUGAACCAGCAGACAAUAUUACAAGUUUCCUGUGGCAACUGGCAUUGCUUGGCUCUUGCAGCUGAUGGGCAGUUCUUCACAUGGGGAAAGAACAGCCAUGGUCAGCUGGGCCUGGGGAAGGAGUUCCCCUCCCAAGCCAGCCCGCAGAGGGUGAGGUCCCUGGAGGGGAUCCCACUGGCCCAGGUGACUGCAGGAGGGGCUCACAGCUUUGCCCUGUCUCUCUCAGGAGCUGUUUUUGGCUGGGGGAUGAAUAAUGCAGGGCAGCUAGGACUCAGUGAUGAAAAAGAUCGAGAGUCUCCUUGUCACGUGAAGCUCUUACGAACGCAGAAAGUGGUCUAUAUUAGUUGUGGGGAGGAACACACAGCAGUCCUCACAAAAAAUGGAGGUGUGUUUACCUUUGGUGCUGGUUCCUGCGGGCAACUUGGACAUGACUCCAUGAAUGAUGAGGUUAAUCCAAGAAGAGUUCUAGAGCUGAUGGGCAGUGAAGUAACUCAGAUCGCUUGUGGCAGACAACACACGCUAGCCUUUGUGCCUUCUUCUGGACUCAUCUAUGCGUUUGGUUGUGGAGCAAGAGGUCAAUUAGGAACUGGACACACUUGUAACGUUAAGUGCCCGUCUCCUGUGAAGGGGUACUGGGCUGCCCAUAGUGGCCAGCUUUCAGCCAGAGCUGAUCGCUUUAAAUAUCAUAUUGUUAAGCAGAUCUUCUCUGGAGGAGACCAAACUUUUGUACUUUGCUCCAAAUAUGAGAAUUAUUCUCCUGCUGUUGACUUCAGGACUAUGAACCAAGCACAUUACACCAGUUUAAUAAAUGAUGAAACUAUAGCAGUUUGGAGACAAAAACUCUCAGAACAUAACAACGCAAAUACAAUCAAUGGUGUUGUUCAGAUAUUAUCUUCUGCAGCCUGUUGGAAUGGAAGUUUUCUUGAAAAAAAAAUUGAUGAACAUUUUAAAACAAGCCCCAAAAUCCCUGGGAUUGACCUGAACUCAACCAGAGUGUUAUUUGAGAAGCUGAUGAACUCUCAGCACUCCUUGAUUCUAGAACAGAUCUUAAACAGCUUUGAAAGUUGCCUGAUUCCCCAGUUGUCGAGUUCACCACCAGAUGUUGAAGCAAUGAGAAUCUAUUUAAUACUACCUGAGUUUCCCCUGCUCCAGGAUUCCAAGUAUUACAUAACAUUGACUAUUCCUUUGGCUAUGGCCAUCCUACGGCUGGAUGCAAACCCCAGCAAAGUAUUAGAUAACUGGUGGUCUCAGGUAUGCCCGAAAUAUUUCAUGAAGCUGGUAAACCUCUAUAAAGGUGCAGUCGUUUAUCUCCUGAGGGGAAGAAAGACAUUCUUAAUUCCCGUACUGUUUAACAAUUACAUUACAGCAGCUCUUAAACUCUUGGAAAAGUUAUAUAAGGUAAAUCUUAAAGUGAAGCAUGUGGAAUAUGAUACGUUUUACAUCCCUGAGAUUUCUAAUCUUGUGGACAUUCAGGAAGACUACCUCAUGUGGUUCUUGCAUCAAGCAGGGAUGAAAGCUAGACCAUCUAUAAUACAGGAUGCUGUAACACUGUGUUCCUAUCCUUUCAUCUUUGAUGCCCAAGCCAAGACCAAAAUGUUACAGACUGAUGCUGAACUACAGAUGCAGGUGGCAGUCAACGGAGCCAAUCUGCAGAAUGUCUUCAUGCUUCUCACCCUGGAGCCUCUGCUGGCCAGAAGCCCCUUCCUGGUCCUUCAUGUUCGCAGGAACAACCUCGUUGGAGAUGCGCUGAGAGAGCUGAGCAUUCAUUCUGAUAUUGAUUUGAAAAAGCCUCUCAAAGUAAUCUUCGAUGGUGAAGAAGCAGUGGAUGCUGGUGGUGUUACAAAGGAGUUCUUUCUUUUGCUGUUAAAAGAACUUUUGAAUCCCAUCUAUGGAAUGUUUACCUAUUACCAAGAUUCAAAUCUCUUAUGGUUUUCAGAUACAUGUUUUGUAGAGCAUAACUGGUUUCACUUGAUUGGCAUAAUCUGUGGACUAGCAAUCUACAACUCCACCGUGGUUGAUCUCCACUUCCCAUUGGCUCUUUACAAGAAGUUACUGAAUGUAAAGCCUGGUUUGGAAGACUUAAAGGAGCUGUCACCCACUGAAGGAAGGAGUCUUCAAGAGCUUCUAGAUUACCCUGGGGAAGAUGUUGAGGAGAUUUUCUGCCUCAACUUCACGAUCUGUCGCGAAAGCUAUGGAGUGAUUGAACAGAAGAAGCUGAUACCUGGGGGAGAAAAAGUGACCGUGUGUAAGGAUAACAGGCAGGAAUUUGUGGAUGCUUAUGUGAAUUACGUCUUCCAAAUCUCAGUUCAUGAGUGGUACACAGCCUUCUCCAGUGGCUUCCUAAAGGUGUGUGGUGGCAAAGUACUUGAGCUCUUUCAGCCCUCAGAACUGAGGGCCAUGAUGGUGGGAAACAGCAACUACAACUGGGAGGAACUAGAAGAGACUGCCAUCUACAAGGGUGAUUACUCAGCUACACAUCCCACUGUGAGACUAUUUUGGGAAACAUUUCAUGAGUUUCCGCUGGAAAAGAAGAAGAAGUUUCUCUUGUUCCUGACGGGCAGCGACAGGAUUCCCAUCUACGGCAUGGCGAGCCUGCAGAUUGUCAUCCAGUCCACAGCCAGCGGGGAGGAGUACUUGCCCGUGGCCCACACUUGCUACAACCUUCUUGACCUUCCCAAGUACAGCAGCAAAGAGAUUCUGAACGCUCGGCUGACCCAGGCCCUUGACAACUAUGAGGGGUUCAGUUUGGCCUGAGGUUCCGCAGCUUGCCCUGGAUUUCCCUUCCUUCCUCAGUGUCUGCAUUGACGCCUAUACAGAAAAUCUGGGGAGUGAUUUCUAUUUUUUUAUUGUAGAAGUAGGUUGGGACUUUUGAAUCCUGAGCCUGGUUGAUGGUGGUUUCUGGGGUCGUAAGCAGUGAACAACCUUUGGGAAAAAUCAGGCGUUGUGGAUGGGGUGAAAAAUUGGCUCUUGUAUGGGAGUUGUUUGUUUUUUUGUUUUGUAACCAACUGCCCAGUGUUCUUUGCACUUGUGAAUAUGUUGCACUCUGCUGGAUGAAAUGGCAGUGGUUCCCCAAGCUCUCAUUGCCCAGCCCUGACCUGGCCUCACAGUGCUUCCUUGCCCUCCUCUUGACUUCUUACUCCUCAGCAAGGAUGAUUCUGACUGAUCCGUCCCUUCCUACUGCGCAUGCAGAAUUUCUGCUCUCUGCAGCCUUGGAAAUGGCCUGGCUUGUUGCAGCCCUUCUCUAACCCAGAGGCGGCAAGGACUAUUUCAGAACCUCCACUUCCAAAAGACUGAGUCUGGGUCCAGUAUUUUAGUUGAACUUUGGAGAAUUUAUAGGAGGCUUUAUGAACACAACUUGGUUUUUCGUUUUUUUUUUUUUUUUUAAAGGGUUCUUGAGGGAAAGCUAAUCUUCCUCUGCCUAUGCCUAGCUCCUGGACCUCCUUAAAGACGUGCAGAGCAGUUUAGAGUUGCAGCUGAGCCAAGUUGUGUUUUGUUGCUCGGCUGUGUCCCUUUGACAGUAAGGUAAAGCGACAGGCUCCUCCACCCCUUCCUUUAUCUCUCUUUUGGAGCAAGUUGCAUUGAUUUUUUAAGAGUCUCUAUCUUCUCCAAGAAAAUUAGAAAUGAUAAAUUUCUUGUCACUUUCCCUAUCACCUUGUGUCUCCUACCACUUUCUCUUUUGUUCCUUCUGUUAUUUUCUUCUCUUCCUGUUCUCUUUCCUCCCUUCCUCUGCUUUCCUCUUUUCUUUGCUUCAUCCCCUUCUUUGCUACUUUACUGAAUGUUCCUCCUUCUUCCCCUCGUGGAUGCAUGCCGUCUAUUUUUUUUAUUUCUAUUUAAAUUGCAAAAUUUCUUCUCACCUCUUUUUUUUCCUCUUCCCUGAUUGCUAAGACUUAAAAAAGGAUAUUCUUUAUUAUGGAAGUUUGUUUAUCAGAUUUGAAAUGUUUGUUUACAAUGGGAUUUCAGGGGGGAUUGUGUUUAAAUCAAAUAUAUGUAUCUCUAAAAUAAUGACAUGCUCAGCCUUCCUCAUCAUGGGAUAAGAAAGUUCUACAUGAUCAAAGAACCCAUGUUGGCCUAAUUUUAAAUUCCUAGCAACUAGAGAAAAGACUUAUUUAUAUAAAAUGAAGUAUUUAUGGACCGUGAUACAGCAUCAAAUCUCAAUGAAGCAUUGUAGAUUUUUGCUUUUUCUUUUUGUUUUUUAAACUUAUUCCAAUUGCUAAAUUGGUAGUUUUUCAGUCUUUAUAAUACAAGAUUAAAAAAAGAUAUACAGUUAUAUGAAAUGUUUAUUUUCUAUGUGUGUGCAAAUAGUUCAAUAUUAUGCAAUAAAUUUGGUGUUUUAACUUUAAGCUAAUUCCUGUUGUACUUGCAGAAUGGGUAGCUUGCUUCCAGUAGAGGCAUUAGGUCAUAUACCAAAUAUUCGAAUACGAAAACCAAACCCAUUGCCAUCGAGUCGAUUCCGACUCAUAGCGACCCUAUAGAACAGAGUAGAACUGCCCCGUAGAGUUUCCAAGGAGUGCCUGGUGGACUCGAACUGCUGACCUUUUGGGUAGCAGCUGUAGCACUUAACAGCUACGCCACCAGGGUUUCCAAUAUUUGAAUAGAAAGUAAAAUUAGGUUCCUGCCGUAAGAAGGUAGAACCAAGUGUGUAGAAAUGGGGGAGAAAGCAAGGGUGGGAGCCAGGGUAAGGAGAGUAGAUGGCCUUGUGGAUGGGUAGGAUUUCUAGAGGUUGUGAUGGAUGAAAAGGCAUUUCCCAUAGAAGGGGGCAGUCUUAGCCAACACAUGAACCUGGGGCGUAUUUAGGGAAGGGCCAGGAAUAAUUUGAUGGGAGCAUCAGAGGAAAUAGGAGAGUGAUGGUAAAUAAAACUGGGAAGAAGGUAGGUUUGGGGCUGAGGAACCAGGAUAAGCAUUUGGAGCUUUAGUUGGUAGCCAGGGAAGAAUUUUUUAAAACAUUAAGCACCUUGGGAUGGGGUAGGAAGUAGUGAUAUGACAUGAACCUGGUUUUAAGAAGAAGUAAGUAGACAAGGCCCAUUGGAGGGAUUGGAGUGGGAAAGACUGAGUCUUGGAUGGGGUACAUAGGCAGAACUGGAGUGGAAAAGACUGAAGACAGUAACUCAAAGCUUAGGCUGGAAGCAGUGCCCAUGGCAGCGGUGCAAGUAAAAAGUGCAUGAAGUGAGAAAUGGGGAGAAGGAAGCAGAAGCCUUCAAGAGCUGAAAGGGAAAAGGAGAAAUUAAAGGUAAUCAGAGACUUUUUAAUCUAAUGAUUGAUGCUGAGCCCAGUUAUGCACACCAAAAGAGGGUGGGGAACACAGCUUAAAAAUCUUUUCAAUAAAUUUGUAGAGCAAGUACAAUGUAUUAUUUUGCCAGACUUAAUAGAUAUUUUAAGGUGGUAAAGACAACAGUAUCUUUCCGUUAAUAAGUUUCAUUUAACAAACAUUUGGUAACCUACAUAUGUGCUGAGUUUGAAGGGGAAAAUGCCAUAUUUUUUUGUCUUUUAUUGUGGUGAAAACAUAUGUAGCAGCACUUACCAUCUCAUCCCAGCCACGUUUCAUUUUGAGUAGAAGAAGCCAAGUUAGUUUACAUUAUUGGGUCUCAAAAUCCUCAUCCAUGAAAUAAAGGGAUUGGAUCAGCUAAUUUCUGUGGUCCCCUUGAGCUCUAAAAUUCCAGCACUGAGAACAGCACCUGGCACAUAGAGGCACCCAAUCCAUAUUUGUUGCAUGAAUGAGACGGUGCUGCUUCUAAAACACUGUGAUUUUUCUGUGAUAGUUUCCUUCUUUUGUCUUCAUCACUUCUUUAGAAGAUCCUGCUCUCCCAGAUAGGCAUUUAUCUACCUACCUAACCUCCCCUGUCCCGCAGACCUUUGGAAGUUUCUUCACUGUUUCAGUCAUCUACCAAUUUAAUGAAAUCAUUUAGCAGCUUUCUUUUGGUGGGUGGGGUUCAAUGCAAGUGUGUGUAGACAGCUUAGCAAAACCUACUCCUCUGUGUGAAAGCCUUUUUGAUGACAUGAAUGGCACUCUGGUAAUAAUCUAGGAGAGCAGGGAAGGGUUGUCCAAUUAGGAAGCCCCCCCGCCCCGCCCCCCACCGGGGCUAAAAUCGUUUUCACAUUUUUAAAAGGGUUGAAAAUUUAAAAAAAAAGGAAGAAUACGUGACAAAGUCUGUAGGACCCACAAAGCCUGAAGUAAUAUUUGGCCUUUACAGAGAAUGUUUGCUAACCCAUGUGAGACCAGACUAGCAGGGAUCACAGUAAUAAAGUAGGUACUCACUGAAGUCGUAUGAGGAACGUGGGUCAAAUCUGAUGCUGAACCAGAGAGAACAAGUGUGUGGGCUUUUCUGACACAGGGGUAAGAAAAUCACGCUUCGUCUAGAAACAGGGUCCAGAAAUGGGCCCCAGGGUUUUGACCACAAUUUUCAUUAACACUUACUGUGUGCUGUGUUGUAUACCAGGCCCUGUGUCCAGCAUCUGACGUGAACUUUAUAGUUUAAUUGCCAUCAGAGUCUUCCUGGUUCUAUACUUACUAGCUGUGCAGGCUUGGGCAGGUUUCUUAACCUCUCUGUGCCUCAUUUUCUUUGUUUUGAAAAUGGGGAUUAAAUAAAUGAAUUCACAUUAAGCACAUAGAACAGCGCCUAGCACAUAAAAGCUCUUUGUAAUGGCUCAGUGGUAGAAUUUUGGUGUUCCAUGCAGAGACCAGGGUCCGAUUGCUGGCCAAUGUACCUCCUGCAACCACCCACCUGUCAGUGGAGGCUUGCAUGUUGCUUUGGUGCUGAACAGGUUCAGUGGAGCUUCCAGAUUAAGACAGACUAGCAAGAAAGGCCUGGGGAUCUGCUUCCUGCAGUCAGUCAGUGAAAACUCCAUGGAUCACAACAGUUUAAUCUGCAACGAGUCGAUCACGGCGUUGGCUCAGGACCAGGCAGCAUUUCAUUCUGUUUUGCGUGGGGUCACCAUGAGAUGGGGCCAACUUGACUGCAGCCCGCAGCUGUAUUAUACAAAUUUUUCACGUGAAGAAAUUAAUGUUUAGAGAAAAUAAUUUGUCUACUAGCACAUAAACAGCGGUGAGAUCUAGAACUAACAAUUAACCCAUAUUAUGCCUUGCUGCUAGAGAUGGGCAGCACAUUUGACUGAGGCUGCUUAGUGGCCACAUACAAAGGACAAUCAUGUGGCAGAUGACUUCCAUGAAUCUGCAAAGACACCACAGGGAGUUUUGUUAGGCUGCCAGUGUAUAGUCAGUAAAGGCAAUUCUGUCAUCAUGGGGCUAAAAUAACAAUCCAGUUCUCAUGUCAUCUGCAAUGGGUCUGAGGUAGAGCUGGGCUGUCACUGACUGGGGUUUUCUGUUGGCAUUUAGUGGUCAGGACACCCUAUGUUUAAUGUCUUUCAGUAAGUCAGAUACCCUAAAAAAGAAGAGAAAAAAAAACCUGUUGCAGUCAGGUUGAUUCCGACUCCUAGUGACCUACAGCACAGAGUAGAACUGCCCCAUAGGGCUUCCAAAGCUGUAACAUUUAUGGAAGCAGACUGCCACAUCUUUCUCCCUCAGAGCAGCUGGUGGGUUUGAACCACUGACUUUUUGGUUAGCAGCCUUGUGCUUAACCACUGUGCUACCAGAGCUCCUUGUAAGAUAGUCCCUCUUUAUUCUGCCCAGAGUGCCAGUUGUGCCCUUUGCAAGGCAUUGAGGGAGGGAUGGGGACUUCAUAUCCUUCAGGUUAUCCCUCCCUGCAGAAUUUUUUUUCACAACAGGCUUUUUUUUUUUUUUAACAACUUUUUUUUUCCUGAAUAAUUUUUGAUUUAUAGAAAAGUAAAUGUAGUACAGAGAAUUCCCAUAUAUCCCUCACUCAGUUUCCCCUACGUUAACAUCUUACAUUAGUACCUUUGUCAAAACUAAGAAACCAGUGUUGGUACAUUGCUAUUAACUAGUCUAGACUUUAUUUGGAUUUUUACCAGCUUUUCCACUUGUGUUCUUUUCUUGCUCCAAGGUCAAAUCCAAGACACCUCAUUGCAUUUAAUACAACUGGCUUUAAAUAAAGGAGUCCUGGUGGCACAGUGGUUAAGAGCUCAGCUGUUAACCAAAAGGUUGGAGGUUGGAACCCACCAGCUGCUCUGCAGGAGAAAGAUGUGUCAGCCUGCUUCUGUAAGGAUUUACAGCCUUAGAAAUCCCCUCCAGGACAGUUCUGUUCUGUCUUGUAGUGUCUCUAUGAGUCGAAAUCAACUUGACGGCAACGAGUAUUUGGUUUAGCUUUUAAUAAGUAUUGGGCAGCAGAGCAAGGCUUUGCCUCAGGCUAGAACUUGGAGUGUAAAUACGCUUUACAGUGUCAGGGGCAGAAGGUAAGUAAAGGUCCUUUUAGUAAAGACAGGCCAUGAGGCCACUCCAUGGGACCAGGGAGACCAUCACCACACAAAUGUUCCCUUCCUCAGAAAUGGCUCCGUGUUCUCAGAAAUAGGAAUAAGUGGGCAUUGAGGCCUUAGUAGCUGACAAAGGGCAGGGCAGCAUUUCCUGUACUGCUAUGAGAAAACACGUUUUAUGAGGGCAAAAAAGGAAGUUUGUAUUUAUGUAAGUUUGGGUAUCUCAGGCUUAAGGAAAGUUAAACCAUAUUGCAAGAAUUCUUAGAUAACUUCAUGAAUCCCUAAGGAGGACAUAGAGUAUGUAGCAUUUCUCAAAUUUAGGUUUCCACUGAAUCUCCAAUCUUUUGGCAAGGGGAAGGCUUAAUACCUGUUACCUUCAUCCAGAACCAUAGUUGGGAAUUAAUAGACAGGAGUAGAGGUGGGAUGAAAGGAGUGCAUUUGAUAGAAGAGAACAAUGGAUCUGAGGUGAAAGCUAGUCAGUAGAAUACUUUGUGUUAGAGGCAAAUAACUUAAAAUCAAAGCAAAUCUGUAGAAUUUUAUCAUUUCCUUUUAAGAAACUUGCCUCUAGUUUUCUUUAGUUUUUAAAAUGAAACCAAGCAGAUCUUAAGCCAGUUCCUAAAUCUCUAAAAUGUGUAAGAACAUGACGCUUAUGGCCUCACAGAACCAUGGUGACUGUCACCUUUAAUAACCUUACCUUUCUUAAAGCCGAGGUUGCUUGAGUUACGAGCGUUCUGGUUUGUCAAUGUCUUCAUUUUUAAGAGACACCUUUGUGGAGCAUUGUCAUUGUUAGGUGCUGUUGGAUCGAUUUUUCGACUCACAGCAACCCCAUGUGUCAGAGUAGAGCUGCCCCAUAGGGUUUUCUAAAUUUUGAUCUUUAUGGGAGCAGAUCUCCAGGUCUUUCCCCAGUGGAGCCACUGGGUGGAUUUGAACUGCCAACCUUCCAUUAGCAGCUUAACAUUUUCGCCAUCAGGGCUCCUUUCUGAAGCAUAGUAGGGAGCCACUGGUGGGCUCCACCUCCUGCCUUAUCUUGGGAACAGGAUCUCACAAACAGAGCAGAGGCAUGUGGUAGACAGACAAAGAAGAAGAGAAAGAGACCAGUUCCUUGUGUCUUGAGAAAAGGUGAAAACUUUCAUGUUGAUUGGGCCAAGGGAUUUCUCCAGUUGAAAGUGACAUACCUCUGGACCUUUCCAACCCAGGUUUUUGAUAAAAAGGGAUUAACCCCUUGAGGGACUCCUUGGGUGGUGCAAAUGGUUGAUGCUUGGCUGUUAAUGAAAGGUUGGAGAUUUGAGCCCAUGCAGAGCAUCUAGAAAGAAAGGCCUGGUGACCUACUUCCAAAAAAUCAGCCAUUGAAAACCCUAUGGAGCAGAGUUCUACUCUGAUACACGUGGGGUCAUCAUGAGUCAGAAUCAACUCCAGCACUACUGGUUUAACUUCCUUAGAGCAGAGCCCUGUGAAGCCUGUGGCAAAUGUUGGUCUCUACCUCUCCAUUUUGGGAUGCUACGCCAGACUGGUUCCACUGUGGGGCUUGGGGGUGAUGCUUGCUUACACUGAGUCAGACAUGGAUUUGGGUUUCCAAGGAAGCUCUGACGCGUCCUAAUGCCCAUUUACUUGUGCUGUGAGCUACUGAGAAUAUGCAACGGAGUAGGUGCUGGAAGAGGUGUCCGCCCCAGUGUGGGGAAAGCUCUUCGGAUUUGUAUUAAGAAUGGCCUCUCCCACACAUUAGCCAAUCCAGGCUUUGGUGUUUUGUUUCCUUCCUUAAAUAACGGAGUGUCUAUCCCUUAGUUACAUGUAGCACCAAGAAAAUUAGUUCAGAUGUCAGCUUUCUGUCUCAGAGUGACUGGAAGCUUGGCAUGGUGCGCAAUCACAUGGUCUUCAGAUCUUUUAAAAGCUGAUUUUCCUGGGCCUAAUCCCGUGGGAAUUGGAUACAAUCUAUAAUUAUUAAUUCAGCUCCCAUUGACGUUGAACUUCCUGAGAAACUUAAAUUAAGAAUUAAAACACACACACACACAACUCAGAUGGAGCCAAUCACUAAAUCACAUUGAUCUUUCAUGGUCACCUUUCUUUAGGAUUAGGAGAAAAAGGAAAAGAGUGGGGUUGGAAAUACAGGCAGUCCCUAGGUUAUGAACAAGAUCUGUUCCUAAGAGUGUCUAAGAAUUUGUGGGUUAAAUCGGAACAGGAUCUUAUUUAGCCUUACUUUAGCGCAGGAAAAGGCUCCAAGGCUUUUCAACGAUUUAAAAGCUGCACGUGCAGAAAGUGAAGGUGAAUGUAAUGAAAAAUUUGUUGUGAACAGGUGUUGGUUCAAUCAUUUCAAAGUGAUGGCAAAUCUACAUAACAUUACAGGGCAGAGUUGUCUGUAACCUGGGGACUUACUGUAACCCCAUUUCCCACUGGGCCAAAAGAGGCUGAAGUAGUUGAGAGUGAAGGUCAACAGCAAAUGCCAACUAGGUACUGGCUCGAGGUCCCAGGAGGCCUGGCUCAUCACUGCCAAAGGCCACCUGACCUUUCAUGCCUGGGCAUUCUUGGGAGCUCAGAUGUUUGUGAACCAGGCUCAAGGAUUCUCAAGUUCACGUCACUGGCAGAUGGUUUGGAGAGGAGACCUGGAGUUUCUGAAAUUGCGAGGUAAUCAGGGGAAUAGGUCUGGUAUAGGGAGCAAGGAGACUAUAAAAUCAUUUGACUCUGAAAGUUUUACCUUUUCCCGAUCUGAGAGCUAGCAAGGAACCAAAGCACUGGCACCUUCAUUGGCCCCUGCCUGGCAACUUCAUGAGGUUGUGGAGGGGACUCCAGGUACUAUGUAGCCUCAGCCUUUGCCACAGGCUUGAGGAAAUUUAGUAUGCUAAUUAGGAGCUUGCCAAAAUCAGAGAAACUCCCCUCCCGGGGGUAGGCCUAAUUUUUAGUUGUUUUAAAAAUACCCCAUUAGACAGAAAUUUCAGGACACCAAGUGACCUAGAAAUCAGUCCAAGGUUAAUUCUCCUUCACUGCACAGGACUCAGACAUUUUCAUUUUGGUUCAGCUGCCAUCUGAGGCAGUGCAUUCUUUUUACAUGUCUGAGCAGAUUUGGGUUUCCCAAAAUAUUUUGGAAUGAAGUAGAGGGGUUUGUCUUGCUUGGUGAGGGAAGGAAUUUAGCAAGCACUGAUCUUUCUGAGAAAGGGGUGCACACAUGAUUUACUUGAGAAUAUUAACAGUCACUAUCUUUUCCCCAAGAGGAAUGGGUCAAUGUUUCCAUACUCACCCUGUCAGCACUAAUUUGAGCUUACAGUGCUAGAGGUACAUUCUGUUUCUCACACACACAAGGCAUUAGAGUGGGAGGAGGUGAUGGGUGAGGGGAAUGAUACUGGGAAGUACAAUUCCUUUUUUACAGAGAUUCAAAAUGUCUUGCUGGACUCAGUGUUGAUUAUAAUGUCACCCCCACCGCUACCACAAUCUUAUAUGGAGGAUUUACUGGGAGCUCACUAACUAAAUUCACCAAUUAAACUCCCACGGUAAUCCCAGGGCAGAUUAACCAAUAAACAUGGUAUGCACUGGCUCACAUGGAGCAAGGUACACGUGGGCUUAAUUGUAUUUACUUGAUAAUCUGGUGAGCAGUUUCACAUGGGUUUCACCACAUCUUUGACAUGGUGGUGGGCAGGUGAAAUUGCGCACUGCAGAUAGGUGGAAAGGCACAAUUAGGCCCAUGUGUACCUUGUUUACUGGGUGAUCUGGCACUGGAUCCCUAUAUUAUAGGUAUUGAAGAUUUUUACCAACUUCUAUAGUCUUUCUUGAUGAAAUAUGCAAUCAAGAUGCAUUGAUAAUUACUGGUGAUUGGAAAACAAAAGUUGGAAAUAAAGAAGAAGGAUCAGUAGUUGUAAAAUAUGGUCUUGGUAGAUGACAGAAACUAUGAUACAAACUAUGCCAGAGAUCACACUGUAGAAUUUUGCAAGACCAACGAUUUCUUCAUUGCAAAUCCCCUUUUUCCAACAUAAACGGUGACUAAACACGUGGACCUCACCAGAUGUAAUACACAGGAAUCAAAUCAAUUACAUCAGUCAGAACAAGGCCAGGGGCUGACUUUGGAACAGUCCAUCAAUUGCUCACAUGCAAGUUUAAGUUGAAGCUGAAGAAAAUUAAAACAAGACCACCAGAACCAAAAUACAACCUUGAGUAUAUUCCACCUGAAUUUGAAGGCCAUCUCAAGAAUAGAUUUGGCACAUUCAACACCAAUGACUGAAGACCAGACAAGUUGUGGAAUGACAUCAAGGGCAUGAUAUAAUGAAGAAAGCAAGAGGUCAUUAAGAAGACAGGAAAGAAAGAAAAGACUAAAAUGGAUGUCAGAAAAGACUCUGAAACUUGCUCUUGAAUGGCAAGUAGCUAAAACAAAUGGAAGAAAGAAUGAAGUAAAAGAGCUGAAGAGAAGAUUUCAAAGGGCAACUUGAGGAGGCAAAGUAUUAUAAUGAUACGUGCAAAGACCUGGAGAUAGAAAACCAAGAGGGAAGAAAACGCUUGGCAUUUCUCAAGUUGAAAGAAAUGAAGAAAAAAACUGAAGCCUUGAGUCGUGAUUUUGAAGAUGGUCAAAAUAUUAAACGAUGCAGGAGGCAUCAAAAGAAGAUGGAAGGAAUACAAAAAGAAUUGGCUGGCACUCAACCAUUUCAGGAGGCAUCAUACAUAUGAUCAGGAACCAAUGGUACUGAAGGAAGAAGCCCAAGCUGCACUGAAGGCAUUGGCAAAAAACGAGACUCCAGGAACAGACAUAAUACCAAUUGAAAUGUUUCAACAAACACAUGAGCUCUGGAGAUGCUUACUUAUCUCUGACAAGAAAUUUGGAAGGCAACUACCUGGCCAACCAACUGGAAGACAGACAUAUUUGUGCCCAUUCCAAAUAAUGUGAUCCAAGAGAAUACAGAAAUUAUCAAACAGUAUCAUUAAUAUCACACGCAAGGAAAAUGUUGCUGAAGGUAACUCCAAGGCAGUUGCAGCAGUACAUUCACAGGGAACUGCAAGAAAUUCAAGCCGGAUUCAGAAGAGGGCAUGGAAUGAGGGAUAUCAUUGCUGACGUCUGAUGGAUCCUGCCUGAAAGCAGAGAAUACCAGAAGGAUGUUUACCUGUGUUUUAUUGACUAUGCUAAGGCAUUCGACUGUGUGGAUCAUAAUAAAUUAUGGAUAACAUUGCUAAGAAUGGGAAUUCCAGAACACUUAAUUGUGCUCAUGAGGAACCUGUACAUAGACCCAGAGGCAGUCAUUGAGCAGAACAAGGGGAUACUGAGUGGUUUAAAGUCAGGAAAGGUGUGUGCCAGGGUUGUGUCCUUUCACCAUACUUAUUCAAUUUGUAAAGAUAAGCAAAUAAUCCGAGAAACUGGACUAUAUGAAGAAGAAUGUGGCAUCAGGACUGGUAGAAGCCUUAUUAACAACCUGCGAUAUGCAGAUGACACAAACUUGCUUCCUGAAAAGUGAAGAGGACUUGAAGCGCUUACUGAUGAAGAUCAAAGACUACCACCUUCAGUACUGAUUAGACCUGAACAUAAAGAAAACAAAAAUCAACAAGCAACCAAUAAGCAACAUUGUAAUAAGUGGAGAAAAGAUUGAAGUUGUCAAAGAUUCCAUUUUACUGGGAUCCACAAUCAACUCUCAUGGAAGCAGCAGUCAAGAGGUCAAACGAUGUAUUGUGCAUCAGGCAAAUCUGUGGCAAAAGACCUCUUUAAAGUGUUGAGAAGCAAAGAUAUCACCUUGAGGACUAAGGUGUGCCUGACCCAAGACAUGAUCUUUUCAAUCACCUCGCGUGCAUGUGAAAGCUGGACAAUGAAUAAGGAAGACAGAGGAAGAAUUGAUGCCUUUGAAUUAUGGUGUUGGCAAAGAACACUUAAUAUCCAUGGACUGCCAGAAAAAUGAACAAGGCUGUCUUGGAGAAACUACAGCCAAAGUGCUCCUUGGAAGUGAAAAUGGAAAGACUUCAUCUCACAUACAUUGGACAUGUUAUCAGGAGGGACCAAUCCCUGGAGAAGAACAUUAAGCUUGGUAAAGUGGAGGACCAGCAAAAACAGGAACACCCUCAAUAAGAUGGCUUGACCCAGUGGCUGCAACAAUGAGCUUAACCAGCAGUGACCGUAAGAAUGGUGCAGGACCAGGCAAUUUUUUGUUGUUGUCCAUAGGGUCGCUAUGAGUUGGAACCAACUCAGUGGCACCUAACCACAAUUAUUACUCCCUGUAGUCCCUGGUUGGGCGCAAAUGGUUAAGUGCUCAGCCACUAAUUGAAAAGUUGGUGACUUAAAUCCACCUAAAGGUUCUUCAGAAGAAAGGCCUGGUGAUCUACUUCCGAAAGACCAUAGUCGUUGAAAACCCGAUGGAACACAGUUCUAUUCUGACACACGGGGGUAGCCAUGAGUCGCAAUCAAAUAGAUAGCAACUGGUUUUUCAAAUUUAUUUAUUUUAAUGAUUCCUGUUAUUCAGAUAAAGACAUGGAGCUUUAGGGAGGGUAAGUAAUGUGCCCAGAUGGUACUGCUAAGCCAUCUGGCUGCAGUCUGAGCCUUAAGCAUCAAAUAGUAUUUGGCCUCUCUUGGAGUUGUCAAAUGUGCCGGUCUAGAUUUUUGUAUUGAUUGAUGGAGCUGCUCAUUUCCACGAAUACCCAGGCAUGCAGUCUGCACCCUCUUCUUGAAGUGAAGUCCUUGGACCAAAAGUCUGGCAGCCGGUGGCAACUUACCAGAAAUGCAGAAUGCAGGUCCUCCUGGAGUCACUGUAUCACAACAGCCCCAGGCACUUGCCUGCAUAUUCAAGUUUGAGAAGCACUGCUCUUUGCUACCUAGAGGAAUAUAUCCUUCACUCUGUUCUUCCUCUCCCCGUGUCUAAUCUUGUCUAGUAAUUUUAAGUUCUUUAAAAGUAACAAUACCUCCAAAUGUCUUACCAAGAAGUACUCAAAAGUGCAGAACUAGAAGCCUGACAUAAGAAUUUCUGGGCAUCUUUGAAUUUCUUAAGGAGAACUUGAAGCAAGCUCUAGGAUCUAAAAGACCCCAAGUUUCAGAAUUCACAGUAAGGUUAAGGAGCCCUGGUGGCACAAUGGUUAAGCUCUCAGCUGCUAACCAAAAGGUUGCCUCUUUGAACCUACUCAGCAACUCUGUGGGAGAAAGAUCUGGCAAUCUCCUCCCGUAAAGAUUACAGCCUAGAAAAUCCUAUGGGGCCAUCCUACUCUGUUACAUGGGGUCCCUAUGAAUCGAAAUCGACUCGAGGCCACCUAACAACAACACAGUAAUGUACAGCUUUUACAUACAUGGGCCCGACUGAGACCUGGGAUUCAGAGCUGGCUCAGACACAGUUCACGCUUGGUCGCACUGGGCCCUGUUCCCCUGGGGCAGCGGCAGCACAACAUGGAGCCAUCCCUGUGGUAUAAGCCUUGUUGAUGGCAAGGAGAAGUGAGAACCAAGCUGUCAACAACCCUGGUUACUGCCAAGCCCUGUUUGUCUGCCUGCCAGCAGGAAUCUAAAAAUGCAUUUAGGAAUUUGGACGUUUGGCUUUUACUGAAUAUAAAACUCUGCUCUGUAUAUAUAGCCUUGAUGAGCUGACCCAGCUUGGGGAUAACUGAUUUUUUUUUUUUAUUAUUUUUAUCGUGCUUUAAUUGAAAGUUUACAAAUCAAGUCAGUCUCAACAACUGAUGUUUUUUGUCUUAUAAGAUUCAGACUCUAUUUCUAGAAGAGGUAAUAGUGAGGCCAUUGAAAGUACUGCCUCUCCUACUCCUCAACUUUUGCCCCCCACUCCCGAGUGUAGGUCCCCAUUCUGAAAUCCCAUUCAGGUAGUCCACAGUUCCGCACACUGUUAUAGGAUUAGAAGCUAUAAUACGAGGUAGGGGGAUUCAGAGUAAAAUCAGGCUUUCUGAGAGGUUGUAGAACCUGGGUGCCCUUGGAGUAACACAAUUUUUUGGUCCCCCAAAGUGUCAGCUUCAAAAUAUUACGUAAGAAAAUGGAGGAUCACUGAAUGCUGCCUGCUACUUCAGCCCAAAUUCCAUGACCUUGCAUCCAGUGUUUCCAAAUUUAUUCUGGGUGAGCUUCAAUUUUGGCAGAAUGGCAUUAAACUGCAUCUAUGUGAGCAGUAAAAAAGAGCUGUGGUGGCACAAAGGCUAAAUGCUUGGCUAUCAACCGAAAAGGUUGGUGGUUCAAACCCGUUCAGCAGUUCCAUGAGAGAAAGACCUGGCAAUCUGCCCCUGUAAAGCUUACAUCCUAGAAAAACCUAUAGGGCAGUGCUACUCUGUUACAUGGGUCGCUAUCAGUUGGAAUCAACUUGAUGGCACCCAGCAACAAGGUGAGCAGCACAGCAUCCUUACUUGAGGCAGACAAAUCUAGUUGUGAAUCCUGGUGUGAGCACUAGGACAAGGCCCUUACUCCAAGCCUCCGUAUAUGUAUGUUGUUGUUAGGGGCCAUCAAAUUGGCUCUGACUCAUAGCGACCCUAUGCACAACAGAAUGAAACACUGCUUGGUCCUCUGCCAUCCUCACAAUCAUUGUUAUGCUUAAGCCCAUUGUUGCAGCCACUGUGUCAAUCCGUCUCAUUGAGGGUUUUCCUCUUUUUCACUGACCCUCUACUUUACUAAGCAUGACGUCCUUCUCCAAGGACUGAUCCCUCCUGACAACAUGUCCAAAGUAUGUGAGACGUAGUCUCGCCAUCCUUACUUCUAAGGAGCGUUCUGGUUGUACUUCUUCCAAGACAGAUUUGUUUAUUCUUUUGGCAGUCCAUGAUAUAGUCAAUAUUCUUCUCCAACACCACAAUUCAAAAGCAUUCAUUCUAAUUCUUCAGUCUUCCUUAUUAAUCAUCCAGCUUUCACAUGCAUAGGAGGUGAUUGAAAAUACCAUAGCUUGGGCAGGUGCACCUUAGUCUUCAAGGUGACAUUUUUGCUUUUCAAGACUUUAAAAAGGUCUUUUGCAUCAGAUUUGCCCAAAGCAAUGUGUCUUUUAAUUUCCCGACUGCUGCUUCCAUGGGUGUUGAUUGUAGAUGCGAGUAAAAUAAAAUCCUUGACAACUUCAAUCUUUUCCCUGUUUAUCAUGAUGUUGCUCAUUGGUCCAGUUGUGAGGAUUUUUGUUUUCUUUAUGUUCAGGUGUAAUCCAUACUGAAGGCUGUGGUCUUUGAUCUUCAUCAGUAAGUACUUCAAGUCCUUUUCACUUUCAGCAAGCAAGAUUGUGUCAUCUGCAUAACGCAGGUUGUUAAAAAGUCUUCCACGAAUCCAGAUACCACAUUCUUCUUCAUAUAGUCCAGAUUCUCGGAUUAUUUGCUCAGCAUACAGAUUGAAUAGGUAUAUUGAAAGGAUACAACCCUAAUGCACACCUCUCCUGACUUUAAACCCUACAGUAUCCUCUUGUUCCGUUCAAACAACUGCCUCUUGAUCUAUGUACAGGUUCCUCAUGAGCACAAUUAAGUGUUCUGAAAUUCUCAUUCUUUGUAAUGUUAUCCAUAAUUUGUUAUGAUCCACACCGUUGAAUGCCUUAGCAUAGUCAAUAAAACACAGGUAAACAUCUUCCUGGUAUCCUCUGCUUUCAGCCAGGAUCCAUCUGACAUCAGCAAUGAUAUCUGUGGUUCUGAAUCCGGCUUGAAUUUCUGGCAGUUACUAGUUUCACUAGUUGAUAUACUGCUUUUGAAUGAUCUUCAGCAAAUUUUUUAUUUGUGUAUGAUGUUAAUGAUAUUGUUUGAUAAUUUCUGCAUUCAGUGGGAUCACCUUUUUUGGGAAUAGGCAUAAAUAUGGAUCUCUUCCUGUCAGUUGGCCAGGUAGCUGUCUUCCAAAUUUCUUGGCACAGACUAGCGAGCACUUCCAGUGCUGCACCUGUUUGUUGAAACAUCUCAACUGGUAUUCUGUCAAUUCCUGGAGUCUUGUUUUUAAUCAAUGCCUUCAGUGCAGCUUGGACUUCUUCCUUCACUACCAUUGUUUCCUGCUCAUAUGCACCUCCUGAAAUGGUUGAAUGUUGACCAAUUCCUUUUGGUAUAGUGACUCUGCAUAUUGCUUCCAUCCUCUUUUGAUGCUUUCUGAGUCGUUUAAUAUUUUCCUCAUAGAGUCCUUCACUAUUGCAACUCAAGGCUUGAUUUUUUUCUUCAGUUCUUUCAGCUUGAGAAAUACAGAGCAUGUUCCUCCCUCUUGGUUUUCUAUUUCCAGGUCUUUGCACAUGUCAUUAUAAUACUUUGUCUUCUCAAGCUGCGCUUUGAAAUCUUCUGUUAAACUCUUUUAGUUCAUCAUUUCUUCCUUUCACUUUAGCUACUCAACAUUCAAGAUCAAGUUUCAGAGUCUCUUCUGACAUCCAUUUUGGUCUUUUCUGUCUUUUUAAUGAUCUCUUGCUUUCUUCAUGUAUGAUGUCCUUGAUGUCAUUCCACAACUUGUCUGGUCCUUGGUUAUUAGUGUUCAACACUUCAAAUCUAUUCUUGACAUGGUCUGUAAAUUCAGGUGGGAUGUAUUCAAGGCCAUACUUUGGCUCUUGUGGAUUUGAGCUAAUUUUCUCCAGUUUCAACUUGAACUUGCAUAUGAGCAACUGAUGGUCUGUUCCAUAGUUGGCCCGUGGCCUUGUUCUGACUGUUGAUAUUGAGCUUUUCCAUCGUCUCUUCCCACAGAUGUAGUCUAUUUGAUUCCUGUGUAUUCUACCUGCUGAGGUCCACAUGCAUAGUCGCUGUUUAUGUUGGUGAAAAAAGUUAUUUGCAAAAUUCUAUCAUGCCAUCUCCAGCAUCGUUUAUAUCACCAAGGCCAUAUUUUCCAAUUACCGAUCUUUGUUUCCAACUUUCACAUUCCAAUCACCACUAAUUAUCAAUGCAUCCUAAUUGUGUGGUCAAUCAAUUUCAGACUGCAGAAGUUGGUAAAAAUCUUCAAUUUCUUUAACUUUGACCUUAGUGGUUGGUGCAUAUAUUCGAAUAAUAGUUGUAUUAACUGGUCUUCCUUGUAGGCGUAUGGAUAUUAUCCUAUCACUGACAGCAUUAUAUUUCAGGAUAGAAAUUUUCUUUUUGCUGAUGAAUGCAAUGCCAUUCCUCUUCAAGUUGUCAUUCCUGGCAUAGUAGACUCUAUGAUUGCCCGAUUCAAAAUGGCCAAUACCAGUCAAUUUCAGCUCAUUAAUGCCUAGGAUAUCAAUGUUUAUGUGUUCCAUUUCUUUUUUUUUUGAACAUUUUUAUGUGAAAAUAUUUCGUAAGACAGUUUCUCUCAGAAAGAAAAAGUAGGUCAGUUUUAUCAAUGUGAAAGAUGAUUUAAAUCUGAAUGCAUUAUUAACCUAUCCUUGAACAUGACAAAAACCUGCCUUUGUGUUUUCAUAUCCUUCAAAUUAAAUCCUAUAAAAAUCUAAGUUUCCAAAGGGGGAAAAAUGCUCAGAAAGUUUUAAUUAGGUUGAAAUACUUCAUUACUCCCUACCCACAAUCAGGUAAAUGCUAUCAAUUCAGACUGAUGAUGCAAAGCAUUUCUCAGGCACUUAUUAUUUCAGUCACAUUGCCUAUUCAUUUUUUUUUUUUUAAACUUAACAAUUUUACCAGAUCUUUUCUAAGGAAUGCUGUCACCUUAUACCUACUAUAAUUUUUAAAAAAGUUUUUGUUGUGCUUUAAGUGAAAGUUUACAAAUCAAGUCAGUCUCUCAUGCAAAAAUUUAUACACACCUUGCUAUAUACUCCUAAUUGCUCUCCCCCUAGUGGGACAGCACACUCCUUCCCUCUGCUCUCUCUUUUUGUGUCCAUUUGGCCAGCUCCUGACCCCCUCCGCCCUCCCAUCUCCCCUUCGGACAGGAGAUGCCAACAUAGUCUCCUGUGUCUACUCGAUCCAAGAAGCUCACCCUUUACCAGUUAUCAUUUACUAUUCCAUUGACCAGUCCAAUCCCUGUCUGAAGAGUUGGCUUUGGGACUGGUUCCUGUCUUGGGCUAACUGAAGGUCUGGGAAACAUGACCGCUGGGGUCCUUCUAGUCCCACACCAUUAAGUCUGGUCUUUUUAUGAGAAUUUGGGGUCUGCAUCCCACUGCUCUCCUGCUCCCUCAGGGGUUCUCUGUUGUGUUCCCUGUCAGGGGAGUCAUCGGUUGUAGCCAGGCACCAUCCAGUUCUUCUGGUCUCAGGUUGAUGUAGUCUCUUGUUUAUGUGGCCCUUUCUGUCUCUUGGGCUCAUAAGUACUUUGUGUCCUUGGUGUUCUUCAUUCUUUGCCCUAGGUGGGUUGAGACCAACUGAUGCAUCUUAGAUGGCCGCUUGCUAGCAUUUAAGACCCCAGACACCACUCUCCAAAGUGGGAUGCAGAAUGUUUUCUUAAUAGAUUUCAUUACGCCAAUUGACUUAGAUGUCCCCUGAAACCAUGGCCCCCAAACCCCCGCCCUUGCUACCCUGGCCUUUGAAGCGUACAGUUUAUUCAGGAAACUGCUUUUGGUUUAGUCCACUUGUGCUGACCUCUUCUGUGUGUUGUCUGUUCCUUCACCUAAAAUAGUUCUUAUCCAUUUCAUUUCUGACAACUUCCAAUUUUCCUAGGUUCAUACUUCAUACAUUCCACGCUGUGAUUAUCAAUGGAAAUUUGCAGCUGCUUCUUCUCAUUUUGAGUUGUGCCACAUCAGCAAAUGAAGGUCUCAAAAGCUUGACUCCAUCCACAUCAUUAAGGUUGACUCUACUUUGAGGAGGCAGCUCUUCCCCAGUCCUUUUGAGUGCCUUCCAACUGGGGGGGGGGGGUUCAUCUUGUGCAUGUGGCCAAACAAUGUUCUGCCACUAUCAUAAGGUUUCCACUGGGUAAAUCUUUUCAGAAGUAGACUGCCGGGUCCUUCUUUCUAGUCUGUCUUAGUCUGGAAGCUCAGCUGAAACCUGUCUGCCAUGGGUGACCCUGCUGGUAUUUGAACACCAGUGGCAUAGCUUCCAGCACCAUAGCAACAAGUGAGCCCCCACAGUAUGACAAACCACAGACUCAUGGGCGUAAUAUAAAUAUGUAUAAAAAAACCCACUGCCAUCGAGUCGAUUCCAACUCAUAGUGACCCUAUAGGGCAGAGUAGAACUACCCCAUAGAGUUUCCAAGGAAUGCCUGGCGGAUUCGUUAUGUAUACAGGUUCAGUUUAUUUUUGAUGUUUACUUUCAUCACUUGGUAUACAAGUAACAUGCAGUUUACAGAAUUCCUGCAUGGCUAACCACCACAGAGCUGCAGUUUUCUUGUCUGUAAGAAGGUACGUGAGGGCUGAUACUGCACAACUCACCGGGCUGGUGCGAGGCUUGAGGGAGCACCUGGCAGGUACUUAUCACUAUGCCUGGUUUUAUGAAGGCUACACAAAGGCUGGGGCACUCUCUUCACACCACUUAAAUGUGCUCUUUCUUCUGAGUCAGUGUUUCAGUGGCUUUAUUAGCUUCAGAAUAGUAAAAGACUAAUGUUAUUUAUCUGCGACGGUUUUAUAGACUUUGGAAGUAUACUUAAAUUUUUAAAUUUACUUUGAUUCAUUUGUUUCUACGAAUUGUUUUAAAAGCAGCUGAAUAUAGAACACAGACACUCUUUUCUAGGUACAACCUCAGGUAAGCCUAGCUUGUACCCAGUUUCCUUCACCUUCCAGUGCCCUCCUGGAGACAGAGCAACAAAAACAUCCACAGUUAAAAAUAUUUUAUUUUCCUUAAAUUUACACAAAAUACAGUCAUGUACAAAAAAAUGUGCACAUUUCUCAAUUUACAUUUUAAAAAAGGACAACGGCAAUUUCAAAUACUAUCUACUUAUAUGUCAUGUAAACAUUGUUCUGGGCCCAUGUUAUUGACUAAAAUUUUAUCUCUUCUGAAACAGAGAUGUACGUGACUUACAGUUGCUUUCAGUUUGAGAAUUAGGUUUGUCAAACCGAUUUCUCAAGCCAUGAACGUGACCAUGGCUGGCCUGAUUCUAGGCAAAAAUGAAAUUCUUUCUAGACAUGACUACGACUUCAGAGCAACAGAAGUUGUAACUGCACCUGGUUUCCAUGUUACAUACACAUCUGUGUAACUGUUAAGUCUGAGCUUGACCUGUAUACAUCACACACGGAGUUGCCAUCAGUUGGAAUUGACUCGAUGGCAAUGGUUUUUUUGUUUGCUUGUUUAUUAUGAAGGAUCAUUUGUGGCAGCAUACAGAUACACGUGGAGGCACAGUCUCCUUUUGGGAAAGGCACCCAUGUCACAGUGCAGUGCCAGACGCAUGUAUUAAUCUUGUUUGGGGCUUGCCAUGUUGGUCACCAUUUGAAGAGGUGCCCAUAUGCACAAUUUAAAUACAUAAAAAUUUGAAAAUAUGUUUAGCUGGUCUGUUGACAAAAUGUACUCUUUAGCCUGAGGGGCAAGUGGGGGGAAAUAAAAGAAGGGAGUUUAUAAAGGAAAAGGAAAGGAAAGCACAUUCUGGGUUCUGUCAAAUACAUGGUCUUCAGAGAAAACACUGCUUCAACAUGUUAGUUUUGUUUUCUCUCUCUCCUAUGAUUUAACCAAGUGGAUAAUGAAAAAGAACAGAGCAAAGGUGUUGAUCUUGGCUCAGAAACCAUCUCUCCCUACCUAGGUAAACAAACAAAAAACCCAGGAAGUAGUGGAUCAGGAAGAACCUCUCUUGAAAGCAAAAUAGAAUUUAGACUACAGCUUGCUUUUCACAAAGCAGGUAAUAAUAGAGUUUUAACUCUAGAAAUACCAUCAAAUGAGUAAGGUGUUAUUACUUUUAAGAAAAAUGGCAUCUUCAUGAUUAUAACCCAAAUCUUAAAAAAAAAUGAAUCAACAAACUUUAAACUUUGGUUUUCAUGUAAAUCUGUGGUAAGUUCUGGACACUGGGCCCAAUUCUAUUGGGAAUUAGGCAGCCCCCAGACAGAAUCAACUCCAGUGACAUCAUGGCCACCCUCUCCUGCUGAAACCUAAAUAUUCAUCUUACCAGGAAUUCCAGGCUCAACCACGUUAGCAAAUGCUCAGCCAUCAGAGAGGCUCUAAGACUGAGGGCCCCAGGGCAUCUCGGUGCAAUAUUUAUGACAAAAGCACAGCCCUGAGCCAUUUGUCCUGGGCCAGAAAUGCCACAGCUAGGAGCAGACACACCCUGCAAGACGCUCUUUCACAGCCUCGCAAGCAUUGCAUCAGGAAACAAAGCAAGAAUUAUCCUGAUGGUACAAAUAGAGGCACUGGCUGAUCCCUACCUUGGCAACGAAUAAUAAUCUUUUGACUUCCAAUCAGCAAUGAAAGAGACAAAUAGGAAAUCUUAUCUAAUUAUUAGUUCACAAUGCCUUAUAAAAACCAAAAAAAAAAACAAACCCAGUGCCGUCGAGUCGAUUCCGACUCAUAGCGACCCUAUAGGACAGGGUAGAACUGCCCCAGAGACUUUCUAAGGAGCGCCUGGCCGAUUUGAACUGCCGACCCUUUGGUUAGCAGCCGUAGCACAAAACCACUACGCCACCACGGUUUCCCAAUGCGUUAUAGCUAGCAUUUAAAAACAAUGAAUUCAGUUCUUCAAUUUGAAAUUUGGUCUUUCAUGAGAAUUUUCACCUAGUAUGGGAGCUUUCUUCUACCAGCACAGGACAGACUUUUGCUGUCUUGAGAAACUUCUAAGCAGGCCCUUACACUAAAUCUUGCACAUGCAUGUCUUAGAAAGUGACACCCUAAGUGAACGAUCCAAAGAUGAAACGCAGUAAUUAUAUCAUCCUUAAUAUAAACAUCUAUUCCAAUGUUUACUCCGAGUGGGUACAAUAAAAGCAAGUGCCUGUGGAAAUUACAAGCCUUUGCCAUCUCUUAAUUCUUAAAAUCAUACAAUCAAGUGUAUUCACGCUUAACCUUUACUUAUCAUUGUUAUUAAAUAACCCUUAACGUUUAUUUUGUUGGCAUGUGCUAAUAAACACACAUAUUCCCAAGAGAGCAAAGGAAAACCCCAGUCCAAAGUAUUCUGUGUGAAGCCAAUUAAGAAACUUGCCUCCAGUAUCUCGAGGUCUUAGGCAGCAGCCAUGGUUGCCGUGGAAACAAAUUUGCCUUGGCAUUUCCAACUGAGCCAGAAGCUAUUGAGCAACAUGUCUUCAAACAGAACCUAGUGUAAACAGACUGCCCGCCCCCCAACCUGGGCUCCAUUCUAUGAAGUAUACAGAUGAUUAAAAAUUACAAAGGAAGACAGAACAAUCCAUACACGAUUUAUUUCACUAUAACUGGGUGUUUUCUUUUAUUCAAUCAUAUAAAUUUGAAUGGGGAUUCCUGAAUAUAUCCUUUUAGUUAAUUUACCUUUGGCAGAAACAACAGAUUUCAAAACAUUUAGUAAUUGGUUUCUCCUACUACCUUAAAAAAAAAAAAUCCCGCAGCAUAAUUUUCAAAACAAUAUUCUUAAA